AUGAAUCGCCUGCCCGACAAGCUGCUCUUUUCCAAGCAGCGCCUGAGACCGCGGGUUGUGCUUUCAUACAUCGCGGACUAUGUUAUACUCGUUGUCUGUAUUGCUGGGUUCUAUGCUCUCGACUCCAUUGAACCCUACCACCAACAUUUCUCGCUACGAAAUAUCUCCAUCCAGUAUCCAUAUGCCGUUCACGAGCGUAUCACGAUACAGGAAGCUCUUUGUAUCUCUGGAGUGGCGCCUUUAGUCAUCAUUGCCGUCUAUACCCUUCUUAUAGAUGGUCUCUUCUCCCACAACAAACCACAGGAUCCAGUAUCCGGCAAACGGAAAUUCUCAGGCCCGUAUCGGUGGAAGGAUCGACUAUGGGAGUUUAACUGUGGGAUACUGGGGCUCCUGCUCUCUCAGGGGCUGACGUUCGUCAUCACGCAAGCAUUGAAGAACGCCUGUGGCAAGCCUCGGCCCGAUUUUAUUGAUCGAUGCCAGCCACGCGCAGGAAGCCAGGAUGCAAUCCCAGGCUUGUCUAACUCUACCAUCUGCACGGGCGAACAUGCGCUCAUCAAAGACGGCUUCCGUUCAUGGCCAUCAGGCCACAGUAGCUCGUCGUUUGCUGGUUUGUUCUACCUGACGCUCUGGAUGAGUGGCAAACUGCAUAUAAUGGACAACAAAGGUGAGGUCUGGAAAGCACUCUUGGUCAUGAUACCGAGCCUGGGUGCUACUCUUGUUGCGGUGAGUCGGAUUAUGGAUGCGAGACACCACCCCUUCGACGUCAUCACUGGAUCGCUUCUUGGGAUCCUCUGCGCCGUUAUCUCCUAUCAUCAGUAUUUCCCACCUCUUUCACAGCCCUGGAAGAAAGGUCGCGCGCAUCCGAUCCGCAGCUGGGGGACCGAGCCGCUACCCCCGUCAGAGCCAUUGAACAUGGUGAGAUUCGAAGAUAGUACUGCGGCGCUCCGUCACCCGGCAGAAGACAGUCAGUCGAAGCCGAUGGUUGGUGCAGACAAUGGCGCGGCUUAUGUUCCCACAUCCAAUCCCUACGCUACAAAUAUGUACACUCGUCGAUCGCAGGAUGAGGACGGGAAUUGGUCCUCAUCUAGCGAGGACGUCCACGCAAAUGGCUAUGAGAUGCAGUCUGGGUAUGCUCGAGCACGCAACCCAGGACUGGGUGGAUCGAUUCCACAAUACGAGGUCGACACAACGUAUGACUCGCAACUACCACAGGCGGCCACAGCUCUCCAUGCACCCACACGAGUGAUGACUGCUCAGCUUGAUCGAGGGCGGGAUCUGACUGAGCUGCACUCGCGGGAAGUAUAA